AUGACCAAAACAGCAACACGGCGUCUGAAGCAGGAUUACCUCAGGAUAAGGAAAGAGCCUGUGCCUUAUAUCUGUGCUGAACCUCUGCCAUCUAAUAUACUGGAAUGGCAUUUUGUUGUUCGUGGACCUGAGAAAACCCCUUAUGAGGGUGGCUACUAUCACGGCAAGUUGAUAUUUCCUCAAGAAUUUCCUUUCAAGCCACCCAGUAUUUAUAUUAUAACCCCUAAUGGGAGAUUCAUGUGCAACACACGGCUGUGUCUGUCCAUUAGUGAUUUCCAUCCUGACACGUGGAAUCCGGCCUGGUCCGUCUCUACCAUACUCACCGCACUGCUGAGCUUCAUGGUGGAAAACAUUCCCACACUGGGAAGCAUAGAGACGUCUGACUUCAUCAAAACUCAGCUGUCUGCGCAGAGCUUGGCCUUCAAUCUGAAGGAUAGAGUUUUCUGUGAGCUGUUUCCUGCGGUUGUGGAGGAGAUCAAGGUGAAGCAAAGGACUCAGAAAGACUUUGGCGUUCCUCCUCAUAACGGUCAUGUGGCACGACGUCAGCCAAAGUCAAACCUCAGAGGAGCACUUGCAAACCUGUGUGUUAUUGCUGGUUUGGUCGUCUGUGUCUACACAGUCAAGUUUGUGCUACAUCAUAUAGGCCAGGACUGAAAACAGACUCUUCUGACGAGACCUGAAAGCUCUUUCUGAGUCGUCACUCUUUCGUUUAACCAAAGUGAACUUCUGUUCAGAACAUUUGUGGUAAUGCAAUGAUAAAGCAUGGUUUUCUGAAGUUCAUGACAUUACGCUGGGUGAAAGCCACUUUGAAAUGAAACUCUCUACUGUGACACAGUGGAAAAGCAGCUUUUGUCAUUUUCUUGAUUGAGCUGGCCACGACAGAGCAGUUAAACCGAAGAAUUAACCGUCAACAGUGUUUCUAUUGAGCCCCUCAUUAUCCGUGUUGCAGUUCGUUCUCAUCCUGUUUAUUUUUCUUUCGGGUCCUUGCACUUUCAUAACAGUUAUGACGCCAAAUUCUGCUUUAAAAAUCACUUCCCAACACUUAUGGUUUUGUUAAUGAGAAAGAAUUGAAUAAUACUUUUUGUAAAGUAAAUUACUUUAGUUAUUUAAUAUGUAACUGUUGGAAAAGUGGUUAACUGUAUAAUUACAUUCAUAUCUGUCUUUAUAUUUUGUGUUACAAGAAUAUUAUUUAGUUGUUUCUUUUGUUGCUGAAUUAUUGUUUUUAUCUGUAAAAAAAACAUUUAAUGUUCUAUCUUUUCCGAUUCUGCAGGUUGUAACUUAAUAGCACAUCUGACUCAAGGCUGUUUGAAUCUGAAUCAAAAGAAAGCAAAUUAUUAAAUUUCUCUUUGAAGUUAAAGUGCGAGUUAUACAAGCAUUCAAUAAACUAUCAUUAACAUGACUACAAAUCUUUACAUUUACAACACUGGAUCAUUAGCAGUCAUUUUAGUCACCCGAAAACCCUGAAAUUAUAUAAUGCAUCUCUAAUAAAGUGUUCCUUUUGAAUCAGAAGUCCAAUUACACAAUUUUUUUUAGUCACACUUUAUUUUAAGGUUAAAUUUUUGCCAUUAACAAACCAUUGAAUACGACUUUUGCCUCAAUAAACUCCUAAUCUGCUGCUUAUUAAUAGUUAUAAGGUAGUUGUUAAGUUUAGGGGUAGGACUGAGGAUGUAGAAUAUGUUCAUGCAGAAUAUGUGCUUUAACUUGUGCGGUCUUUAUUUGUGAAUCACACUAAUGGUCUUUGCGGUCAAAAGUGAGAUUAGCACCUCCUGAUGAGAGCAAAGAAAGAAAAACAUGUAAUUUCAUGGUGUAACCACUAGAUGCCUGUAUAGGAAUCUAUAGAGAGGCUUUUGAAUUCCCUAAUUAUUUUUAUACAUAAUUGUUUACUUUUAUUAGGUAGUAGAUUUAAAUGUAUAUUAAGGCAUUCUCAAAGACUACUUUUUGUCAAGGUUUAUAUUUUUUGUUGUUUUAAAUGUUGAUUUGAAGUGUCAGUUUUUGAAUUAUUAUUACUACUACAUUCAAACCUCAACACAGAAAGCAUUUUGUUAUACAAAACAUUAAAAUUCUAAAAAUGUAAAAAAAAAAAACAGGAAUGCUUUAUUAGAGCUUUAUCCUUCUGGGUCUGAUCUGAUUUCAACGUCUUAUUUCAGUUUUCUGACUCAUUUUGGCUAUAUGGUUCUUUUUUUUUUUUUUUUUUCUUGACUGAUAUGUUAUUGUUUUGGUUUAUUUGUUGGGGUAUUAUUAUUAUUAUGGUAAUAUUGUGUUAGGUCAUGUGACCUUUGAUCAACUGGAGGUAUAAGGAGAGGAAUAUCAGUGUUGUUCAUUUGUCUG